GCACUUUAUCAACUCAAUUCGUAAACAAAAAAAAUGUCUUACUUAAGAUUAAUUUCAAAGAAUUAUCCAUUAUUAAUUACUAGAACAUGUAAUCAGAUAUUGAAAAGGAACAAUGGAUUCAUUGUGCUAGUUCCGGAAAUUGGUGAGGAGAAUUACAGCCCAAUUGGACAGCAUGAACUUCCAGAAUUCAAUAAUUUCACAAUCGAAAAGUGUAUUAGUGCUGUUGGAAAUCAAGGAUUAGCAAUUGAGAAAAGUCUCAAGAUACUGGAAGAUGAAAUUACAUCGAAAGCAGACAUAACCGAUAUUUUUAAGGAAGUACUCGAUCCGAUUGAGGAAAUUACAACGGGUUUAGAAAAUACAUGGGGUCUAGCAAAGACUCUAUACUUAGGCAACAGUAGUUUAAUGCCAACCAAAAGUUACCUCACAAUUCACGAUCGUGCGUGUCGUGUACGUGCUCAAAAGUUUAAUAGCCUUCCUGUCUAUUAUUCUAUCAAGAGAGCAGCUAAAAGUGAAGCACAGCCAUAUGAUGAUCAGCAAAAACGACUCAUACAGAAGUUCCUCCUUGAAGGACGACUUAAUGGAAUUGAAGUUGACGGUGCACAAAAGUUCCAACUUAAUGAUCACAUUAUCAAAUUGAGUGAGAAUCGUGCCAAGUUUCACAAUAAUGUAGAAGCUAGUAGACGAGCAUUUCAGCAAAAUUGCAACGAUCCAAACAUAAUUAAAGAACUUCCAGUAAGUCUCUUGGAAAUGCUGUCUGUAGACCGCAAUCAACCAGCAACAAAAGGUCCAUGGAAAUUGUCACUUCAGCCAUACAUCAUCAAGUCAUUCCUCGAAUUCUGUCCUGAUCAUAAUGUUCGUUGGAAUGUAUGGCAAGCUGAUGUCCGAAAAUGUUCACGUCAAGCAGAUAGGCAAUAUGAUAACAGUGUAUUUUUAGAAGAAAUUCGUUUCUCACGUCGUCAACAAGCCAAGAUUUUAGGAUAUGAAUCAUACAUGGACAUGUCAAUGGAAACUAAAAUGGCUGGAUCAGUUCAUAAUGUUAAGGAUGUCCUGACUCGUUUACGUGAGAGUGCUAAACCAGCACAAGAUGCAGAAAUUGCAAGCUUGCAGACAUUUGCUGAAAAAAUUGGAUAUCAUAGGAAGUUGGAAAUUCAGGAUAUUUCAUAUUAUAGACGCAAGCAAUUGAUUGACUUGUAUGACUUUAAUGAGGACGUCAUUCAAGAAUAUUUCCCAUUAAAUAAAGUUUUUAAGAACAUGCUUAAAUUAUCUGAAAAUCUAUUCAACAUUAAAGUCAUUGAACGUCCAGCAGUAAAUAAAUGGCAUGAAGAUGUUAAAUUCUUUGAAGUCUUUGACUUACAAGACGGAAAAGAGCCACUUGGUGGUUUUUAUGUUGACUUAUAUGCACGAGAUGAGGAAAAGACAAUUGCAGCAGUAAAUACUGGCUGGAUGGUUAAAAUGAGAAGUAAAAGUGAAUUGACAAAUACGAGACCAUUGCUGGCUAUAAUCUUCAAUUUCAAGCAAAUCGCUGAAAAGUCUGUCUUACUGAAUUCAACGGAUGUCCACAACUUAUUCAGCAAAUUUGGAUUGACAUUACAGAACAUAAUUUGUAAUUCACGAUACAAUGAGCUGUCAGGCUCAUCAAAUGUCGAGUGGGAUGCGGUUGAUGUGGUUGGAAAUGUCAUGCGUAAUUUGCUGAAUGAUACAGAAAUCCUUAAAUCGAUUACAGCGCAUUAUUCAAAUGAAGAUCCAUUGCCUGAAAAAUAUAUAACUGCAUUUCUGCAAAAUCAAAAACAUCUUGCUGGAUUUAAUUUGUGUCGUCAAUUGUACUUCUCGGAUUUGGACGUGGAAUUGAAUACGAAGAAAGAUUUCUGGUGGGAUAUUGUGAAGGAAUUAUAUCCAAAAUAUCACUCAGUGGAACUAGACAAGAAGGAUUCACAUCCAUGCUCAUUUACACCAAUCUUUUCUGGUGAAUGGGGUGGUGCUUAUUAUAGUAAUGUCUGGUCAGAGUUGAUUGCUGCUGACGUCUAUUCAGCAUUUUGGGAAGCACGAAAAUCACAGAAUCCAGAUGACUUUGCUGAGGUUGGUAAACGAUUUAGGUCUACAUUCUUAACAUGUGGUGGAACUCUCCAAACGAAUGAAGUGUUUAGACGCUUCAGAGGACGUGAUCCAUCGCCAAAAGCACUUCUUCAUAACUUGGGAUUGAGUAGUCCUGAAUUGAAGAAAUAGAAAUUUUAGAAAUUCGUUUUUUGUGUUAAAAAGUUGGAAAUUUGUAAAGAAAUAUAUAACUACGACCUGAGAAAUGAUCAAUAAAUAUUAUUUUGCCUUUAGUAGAUAUU